AGUAGAUAAGAACCUUUGCUAUUAGGAUAUACAUGACAGAACAACGUAAUCUUAGACCUAAUUUCUGUCCUAUCACACUAUGAAAAUACGUGUGAGAUUAAUAGUUUUUGUGGACUUUCUUUUUUUACAUACAGUUCUAGCAUUUCUGCUGCAAGAUUCUAACCGCGACCUACACCGAUGUCCACACAAUGUACACCGUUCUUCCAGACUGUUUACGUAUGACCGGUACUGUAUAGAGUUUGUUAUAGGACACCCAACAUACUGGAGAGACGCCAGGGAUUAUUGUCACCACCGAGGCGGGACAUUGGUAACCAUCCCAGAUGCUCAAACCCAGUCCUUCCUGAUGAAGGCGCUGCACUGGCUGCAAUUUGACCCGGACUCAAAAGGGCUGUGGAUAGGGCUCAACGACAGGGAUCAGGAGGAACAAUAUAAAUGGGACAACGGACACAAACUCCAUGGAUUCAAGUACUGGGGCGAAAAAGAGCCAAGCGGUUUGUUUCAUUUUGCCCAGGAUUGUGUUGUAUUACAGUACCACGAUCACGGUCACUGGUGGGACGAACCCUGCGGCCUCUGGCCUUAUACAUACGAUUUUAUAUGCCAAUAUGAUAUGAUCCCGACUACCACUAGGAAAACUACUCUUCCUUUAACAACUAAAACAACUACAACAACAACAACAACAGCUACAACAACAACAACAACAGCCACAACGACGAGAAAAUCCACGACAACUAAAAUGAUACCGACAUCUAUAUCAACUACCCAGGUUUUGACGACGACGACGGUUGCUUGUCAGGACAUUGAUUGUCAGAAGUCAUGUCCCGGCGGAUACUCCGGUGUUUACGUCGGAAAUGACGGAUGUGUGACAUGCAGAUGUACUUGAAACAAGCGAGAUUAUUUCUGCAAUUUAUUUGACAUGAUUAUAUAUAGCAUUAAAACUAAAAAUUAAACUGA